AUGGAGACUACAGAUAUCACCACAGAUAAUUUGAUAGAGACUUCGUCAGAAUUUCCAGUAGAAGCUACUACAAUUAAUAUCACAUUGGUCACGGAUGACCCGGGAAAAGGUGCCCUAAUCCUGAACGAAACCAUCACUGACCUUAACGUCACCACAACUGAAUACAUCCCAAUCGUAGCUGCAGCCACUGCGUUCGCCUCUCUUAUCAUCAUCGGACUAUUCGCUGUUUCCGUAUUCAUUGUUGUUCUAAUCAGAGGAAGAAAACGGUUUCAAGAGUUCCCAUUUUUCGCCAUCGUAUAUCACUUAACAGCGGCUAAUGCAAUUCACAUCUUUCUGCAACUCACUACUGUUUUGCCCAUAAUGUUAUUUGAUAGUGACGAAGAGUCGGCCAAUCGAUUCUGGUAUAAAAUCGGAUCGUACGGAAUCAUGAUCACAGAGCAAGCCUCCUUAUAUUUCACUCUUCUCAUGACAAUCAAUCGAUUUGCUGUCUUUUUUUUCACCCUUUCCUCUACAUGCCUCCCAAUCAUAAUGCUCGGAAUGUAUUUCCUGAUUUUCAUUUUUAUAAUGAAAAAACGACAAGUUGCUGACAAUCAAAACCAAAAGAAAACUGAUCGAGAUACUUCUUUGGUUAUUCAAGCAUUAAUCAUAACAGUUGCUUUGGAGAUGGUAAAUGUAACUGAUAUGCUGACUCCGUUCUUCAAGAAUGCUCAACUUUCACUUCAAUGGAUAUGGACGAUAUUCUCAUAUUGCGUAACAAUAUUCAAUCAACUAGUCAACCCAUUGUUCUUUUUGAUGGUCAACAAAAUGGUCAGAAGUGUUGCCAAACAUAUUUUCGAUAAGAAUAUCAGUUCGUUUCUAUCGGAUACAAGUUCGACAAAUAAACUGCCAGAAAGUCGUCGAAUCCCUCGGACGACUAAGAAGCUGUGCUACGGAUGUUGUGCAUGGUUCUUUGAUGAUGAAACAAAGGAAAGGGCCGUCGUCACAUUCUGA